CGGGACAGUCACCCAGCACCAUCGCAUAUUGUAACCUGAGCGUGAAUGUUCUUUUUAAGAGUCCAUCACUUGUGCCAAAAGCGCCAGUCAGAAGAAAGCACACGCUGAGAUGCUCGCGCCUCGCCACUGUGAAUCUUUAACAAAGUGCUGAAACCCACCAGGCAGUCACAAUCCCAUGAGGAACUCCGCGAAACGGGAGGCAGUUGGAUGCACUUGGAUUACCGGUUGGUGAAGUGUCACAGCGUUAACCGCGAACAGACUGGCGCGUUAUCACCGCAGAAACGUAAACCACGCGUCGGUCAUAAAAAAAUAGCUUUCAUAGCUGCAAUAAAAUCAACAAUGGCAAUUGUCGCACUUGAUUGAUUUUAUUAUUAUUUGAUUUUCGAGUGGAUAUUCCUUUUCCGGUUGAAAAAAAAUAUUGUAAAUGUACAUUUGGUUGAGUUAAAUAGAAUCACGGACGAUGGAAGUCAGUCUCAGAAUAAGCUUUGUCUACAUAGGCUGCACCACCGGGCUCUUCUGAAAUACAUCACUAUUGGACCCUUUACAGAAUUGUAAUCUUUCAACCCAUUUUUUAGCAAGACUUGGCUGGGACCAGACAGUAUGGGGUUAAAAAGCUCCGACUGGCUUUUGAUAUAUUUCAUGGUGAGCGGAACUGUUGCCGGGAAGUCCAGCUCUGAGCCUCCUGGCCCAGACACAUCUCUCAGGCCUGUCCUGGCCAUAAUAGAGGACGAGAGGCAGACCAUGACCGAGGGUCAAUACAAAUGUCUUGAGCUGUUCAGCCGAGACCAGCAGCACAACAUCACAGGUGUGUUCUGUAGUCGUAUGUGGGAUGGCUUGUUAUGUUGGGACGAGACUCCGCUGGGGACCUACGCCACACAGAACUGCCCAGACUACCCCGGCCUGGACACCACUGGAAAAGUGUCAAAAUAUUGUGAUGAAUCUGGUAAUUGGGUCCAAAGUCCUUUCAUUAAUAAGACCUGGUCCAAAUGUCUGACGUUCUCCAAGGAAAAGUUAAAGAAGGUGACUCCCCAUGGUCUGCUAGAGCCAGGGUCUGUGGAGCCCACUGUGGAGACUCCAGACAGCCAGAAGGUGACUCCUCAUGGUCUGCUAGAGCCCACUGUGGAGACUCCAGUCAGCCCCAGGGUCAGUCAGGAGGAGGAGGAGAGGAAGAAGAUCAUCGACGGUCAAUACAAAUGCUUUGAGAAGAUGAACAGAGAUCAGCCGUAUAACAAAUCAGGGCUGUACUGUAACCGGACCUGGGAUGGCUGGCUGUGCUGGGAUGAUACACCUGCUGGGACAGUCACCUGGCAGAACUGCCCCAACUAUUUCCCUGACUUCGACUCCACAGAAAAAGCUACAAAGAUCUGUAGCGAAUCAGGACAGUGGUUCCGCCACCCAGACACCAAUAGGACGUGGUCCAACUACACUCUGUGUAACUUCCACACUACAGGCAAGCUGAAGAUGGCCUAUAUCCUGUACUACAUGGCGAUUGUGGGUCAUGCCUUAUCCAUAGCCUCCCUCCUGAUCUCUCUGGCCAUAUUCUUCUACUUCAGGAACCUGAGCUGCCAAAGGAUCACGCUUCAUAAGAACCUCUUUGUUUCCUAUGUCCUCAACUCCGCCCUAACUCUCAUCUACCUCAUAGCAGUGGUCAACAACCCAGAUGUAGUGGGAAGAAAUCCAGUUGGCUGUAAGGUGUUGCACUUCUUCCACAUGUACAUGCUGGGCUGUAACUACUUCUGGAUGCUGUGUGAGGGGAUCUAUCUGCACACGCUCAUUGUGGUGGCUGUGUUCGCCGAGGAGCAGCAUCUACACUGGUACUACCUCCUAGGCUGGGGGUUUCCCUUAGUGCCUGCAUCCAUUCACGCUGUGGCCAGGAAGAAGUAUUUUGAUGACAACUGCUGGAUGAGUGUUGAGACCCACCUGCUCUACGUGGUCCACGGUCCCAUCAUGGCAGCGCUGCUCGUAAAUCUGUUCUUCUUGCUAAACAUUGUGAGGGUGCUGGUUACUAAGCUGAGGGACACCCACCGGGCAGAGUCUAACAUGUACAUGAAGGCAGUGAGAGCUACCCUGAUCCUGGUCCCUCUCCUGGGCAUCCAGUUUGUCAUCUUCCCCUGGAGGCCAGAGAACCGCCUGGCGGGGGAGGUCUAUGACUACAUCAUGCAUAUAUUAAUGCAUUACCAGGGGUUACUAGUGGCAACGAUAUUUUGCUUUUUCAAUGGCGAGGUGCAGGCGGCUCUGAAGCGACAAUGGAUUCAGUACAAGGCCCAGUGGGGUCAGAGACGGAGGGACCACUGCUCCAUGCGCUCUACCUCCUACACCGCCACAUCAAUCACUGAGGUGCCCGCCUUCAUGUACCACCACGACUGCAACAGCGAACACUUAAACGGCAGACACACCUCUGAGGACUCUGAGCUGGUGGCUCUUAAGACAGGGGAGACGUACGCCUGAAAAGUGGGAGGCAGUCUGAGUGUCGGAGGAGAGAAGAAUUAGUAGAUGGAGACAUUUCUCUAAUAUCCCGCCGCAGUUCCACAUUUCAUAGAUAGAACUGGUGGGUUCAGCCCCAGACUGUGAAGGAGAAGACAGUGUGUGUCUGGACAGUGAUAUCUCUCCCAUGAAUUGGCCAAUGAUGGCUGAUGCUUCAUUUACAUGACACUGCUGCUGCUAUGGCUGCUUAUUAAAAACACUAAGAUAUACAGUACAUGAAACGGGAGCCGCGUUUGAAAUGUGGCACGUCCUAAAGCUGCUAUCUGUGGGACUCUUAACACAUCAUGGGAAUGUUAAGGAUGAUUAUAAUGAUGAUGAAGAAGAUGAUAAUUAGAAUGACUAUGAUGAUUAUUAGAAUGAUGAUGAUAAUGAUAAAACUAUUGUUGCUUUGCCUAUACCAAAGGGUGUGUGGGGUGGGCUGCCAGUAUGAGAGGCAUGCUCUGUGUGAACUGAAUCCAACACUGAAGAGUUCCCCUGAAGGUCACAUACUGAUGGACAGCACAGUGCAUGUGUGUGUGUCCAUGGCGACACAAGAGGUCAAUGGUUUAAAAGGCUCCCUGUGCCUAAGUUCUGGAAUCCUGUAAAUAAUGGUUUGCCACUUUCACUUUAAAAGUGUCAAAGUGUGUUUUAGAGGAUUUUAUUUUUAUGACUAAAUGUUUUUUUUCUUGGCAACAACUUGCUCUUUAAAUACUUUCUGUCUGUUUCGUGAAGCUAGCGAGCUCCUCCAGACUGCUUACAGCUGCUGACUGUGCUUGCGGUGUGUUUCUGUCACAAGGCCUGUAUUUAAAGAGUGCAGAAGAUACAGAAUUUCUUUAUAUGGGCUCAAGAGAGAAAGAAUAGACUAAAAAUAAAAACAGACUGAAUCGCAUAGGUGACGUGUUUAUCAGACACAUUUCGGAGUACCACCUGGCUCUUGAGAAUAUUUUCUGUGAAGUCUUUUUGACGUGUCCAUUUGCCAAAAGGUCUAAUGUGAAGCUUCUAGGAUUCCAAAAUAAGCGUUAUUUUAGGUUUUGUGCUUAAAUGAAAGCCAUUCCAAUAUGGUGACAUUAUUUUCUCUAUGUCAUAUCAGUUAUGAAUAGAGAGGGAGGAGAGAAGAAAAAACAGUAUGGUUACCUGCAAUAAGAAUCAUAAACAAUAACAAUAUACCAUUUUUAAAAGAAAAGUCUUGACAAUCUAGGCCUAUGGAAGAUGUUUCAAGGUAAAACCCUCGUUUCCCCAGGCAAUUAUCUAUAUCGAAACCAUAAUUACCUUGAAAUAGCAUCCUUCUAGUGUACAGAAUCUCUGUCAAAUGUUAAGAAAGUCAUUCUAAUUGAGGGCAAUUUGAAAGAUUCUGUUGUCAUUUCUCUUGUGUGAAUACUACAGUGUAUUUCUUUCCUUGUUUAUUAUCACACACCUACUAUAUUAUGCCCUUAGAUUAUUAUGCCCAUAGAUCCUAAAUGAAAUCUCCAUCUAUUCUCAAAUUUAUUCCUUUGUAGGUUGCGCAACCUUAACAGAUUCCUAAAUUAGACACAUGGAAAACCAAUCUAAACCAUUGAAAUACUGUUUUGUAUUGAGUUAAGAUCUGUGUGAGUGUUCGUGUGUGCGCGAACGUGUGUGUGUAUGUGUGUUCAUGUUUAUCAAUGUGUAAAUGGAGCUAGUGAUGCAUGAGCCUUGGGGCCUUCUGAUGUUUAAAUUAUUCCCAUUCACAUGAAUGGUGUUUAAAGAUAGACAUCUGUUAUGAUAAAUCUCCAGGGGACUUUCAGAAACUAAGAACAGCUCUGAUCUGGAUAUAGUGGACACUUAGGAAAAAAUAGUUCCAUUAAGGGUUCUUCUGCUGUCCCCAUAGAACCCUUUUUGGUUCCAUGUAGAGACCUUUGUAGAAGGUCGGCCUAUGUAGAACCCUCACUGGAAAGGUAUAACCCAAAAGGGUUAUACUUGGAACCAAAACGUUUUUUUUUUCAACAGGUUCUCUUAUGGGGACAGCCAACGAACCCUUUUAGGUUCUAGAUAGCACAUUUAUUUCUAAGAGUAUAGCACUAUGCUAGAUAGAUACCAAGACUUUAGUAGGGUACCGAGGACAGUCGAGGGGACUCAUUUAUAACACAUUUUUUUACCUAUAUUUAAUCCUAAAUUGUGCAUACAAUGAAAUUCACAGCAACAAUGUGAUUCAUACAUCUCAAACAAUUUAUACAUGAGGCCUCAGGCCUAGUCUGGACUAGUCUGGAUUUGAAUGCCGAAGACACAUCUUCCUUUGGGGACAAUUAAGUUUAUCUUACCUUAGACCCUGUCACACUUAUUGUGCCAAUCUAAUUUAUUUUACAGCUCCAAUUCCUAUUAGGCCAAGAUCAAAUAAAUCUUUACACUUAUGCCAAUGUCUUUGCUGUUGUUGGGCCAUCAUGGAAGAGAUGGAGAAAAUCAGUUUGAAAUGGGAGAAGGCCAUUAGAUGAGGUCUCAAUAGGCUCUAUUCAAUCUGGAUUGAGGAAGUUCGGCGUUACAGAGCGAUUGAAAUGUAAAGGAAAUGUUUCCUCAAUCGGAAAUUACCUUUACAUUUCAAGCGCGCAUUCUGUAAGGCUUCAGCGAUCCAGAUUAAAUAGGGCCCUAAGAGCUCAUUCUGUAAGGCUUCAACGAUCCAGAUUAAAUAGAGCCCUAAGAGCUCAUUCUGUAAGGCUUCAACGAUCCAGAUUAAAUAGGGCCCUAAGAGCUCAUUCUGUAAGGCUUCAACGAUCCAGAUUAAAUAGAGCCCUAAGAGCUCAUUCUGUAAGGCUUCAACGAUCCAGAUUAAAUAGGGCCCUAAGAGCUCAUUCUGUAAGGCUUCAACGAUCCAGAUUAAAUAGAGCCCUAAGAGCUCAUUCUGUAAGGCUUCAGCGAUCCAGAUUAAAUAGAGCCCUAAGAGCUCAUUCUGUAAGGCUUCAGCGAUCCAGAUUAAAUAGGGCCCUAAGAGCUCAUUCUGUAAGGCUUCAGCGAUCCAGAUUAAAUAGGGCCCUAAGAGCUCAUUCUGUAAGGCUUCAACGAUCCAGAUUAAAUAGAGCCCUAAGAGCUCAUUCUGUAAGGCUUCAACGAUCCAGAUUAAAUAGGGCCCUAAGAGCUCAUUCUGUAAAUCAGAGAAGGUGUUAACCACUGUGAAGUCUUAUAGAUGAUUUAGAAAGGUUUUGAUCCAUCCAUAUUUUAAGGUUGAUUUGUUCUGGACAUGAACACAAUGUUAAAAGUAGUUAUUUUCUUCAUUUGGAGGAUGAUGAAUAUUUCUGUAUAUUUAGUAUGUUCAUGGCUAUGUUGUCCAGUGCCCAUGUCAACAUGACCGCAAAGUUUGUGUGUGUAAUAGAUGUGAAAUGUUUUGACCACUGUUUUUGGUUCUUUUGUUUUGCUUGUGUUUGGCUCUCGACCUCUAAGCUCUUUGUGUGGCGUUACUUCAAACAAGAGAAAAACUGUUUUUUAAAUGCACAAAUCGACCAGCUUUUUGUUUGAAAGCUAUUGCAAUCAGAAAUAUAUUGGAAAAGAUU